CCAGCCAAUAGGGAUCCGUAUUGAGUCCGGCCCCCAGCCCCGCCCCCCAGCAGCCUGACCUGAGCCUAGAAGCCUGUCUGUAGGACGGUGGGGAACAUGCAGAGGGUAACACGGGCGCUCACACGGUCCUGUUCUGGACUCAGAUGGCACCACUGCUUAGCCACAGAAGUACAAAAUGAGCCCAUACUGGAGUUUAAAGCUGGCAGUCCGGAGAGGGCCGCUCUCCAGAAAGUGCUGGAAGAUCUUAAAGACAAGACAGAAGAGAUUCCAUGUGUAGUAGGUGGAGAAGAGGUGUGGACAAAGGACGUGAGAUACCAAUUAUCGCCCUUCAAACAUGCGCACAAAGUUGCCAAGUAUUGCUAUGCUGAUAAGGACCUUCUGAAUAAAGCCAUCACUGCUUCUCUGUCUGUGCGGAAGGAAUGGGAUCUCAAGCCGGUGUCUGAUCGAGCACAGAUCUUUUUCAAAGCUGCAGAUCUGCUCAGUGGUCCGAGGAGAGCUGAGAUUCUAGCCAAGACCAUGAUCGGACAGGGUAAAACGGUGAUCCAGGCUGAGAUUGAUGCUGCCGCAGAGUUGAUUGAUUUUUUCCGCUUUAACGCCAAAUACGCCCUGGAGCUGCAGCAUGAACAGCCAAUCAGUGUGCCCGUCAGCACAAAUACAAUGGUCUACAGAGGCCUGGAGGGUUUUGUUGCUGCAGUUUCUCCUUUCAACUUUACGGCUAUCGGAGGGAACCUGGCUGGAGCCCCAGCCAUGAUGGUAAGUGCAGUGCAUAGUCUGGGCAAUGUGGUUCUGUGGAAGCCCAGUGAUACCUCCAUAUUGUCCAUUUAUGUUGUGUACAAGGCUCUUCAAGAAGCUGGACUCCCACCAAAUAUCAUCCAGUUUGUGCCUGCAGAUGGUCCUGUUUUUGGAGACACUAUUACCAGCUCAGAGCAUCUUUGUGGGAUUAACUUCACCGGGAGUGUGCCAACCUUUAAAACGUCUCUGAAACAAGUGGCUGAGAACCUGGAUAAAUACCGAACAUUCCCACGUCUGGCUGGAGAAUGUGGGGGAAAGAAUUUCCACUUUGUGCACAAAUCAGCUGAUGUUGAGAGUGCAGUUAAUGGGGUCAUCCGAUCGGCCUUUGAAUAUGGUGGUCAGAAGUGUUCGGCCUGUUCCCGUCUUUACGUACCCGACUCUCUGUGGCCGCAGAUCAAAGCCCGGCUGCUGGAGGAGCACAGCAAGAUCAAAGUGGGAAAUCCAGCAGAUGACUUCAGCACGUUCUUCUCUGCUGUUAUCGACGAAAAGUCUUUCAGGCGGAUACAGAGUUGGAUCAAACAUGCACAGACCUCCCCAAGCCUCAGUAUUCUGGCAGGAGGCGAAUGUAAUGACAAAACUGGAUAUUUUGUAGAACCAACUAUAAUUGAGAGUAAAGAUCCAAAGGAAAAGAUUAUGACAGAGGAGAUUUUUGGGCCUGUUCUAGCCAUUUAUGUGUAUCCAGAAAAUAAAUACAAAGACGUUCUGCACCUGAUAGAUUCCACUUCUCCUUAUGGCCUCACAGGGGCAGUGUUCGCCCAGGAUAAGAGCAUUGUCAGUGAAGUAACACAGGUUCUGAGGAACGCGGCUGGAAAUUUCUAUAUUAACGAUAAAUCCACCGGUGCCGGUGGCUCACAGCCUUUUGGAGGAGCAAGAGCUUCUGGUACGAAUGACAAGCCUGGAGGUCCACACUACAUUCUGCGGUGGACUUCAUCUCAAGUCAUUAAAGAAACGCAUGUUCCCCUGAAUGAAUGGAAAUACCCAUAUAUGCAUUGAGAGGGCCCCAAAAAGGCCGGGGAAGAAGGGAAAGCCAGAUCAGAGUGGACAGGGGGUACGAAUAAGAAGCAGGUCUGUAUUGGGGCGCUCUGUGUACACCCCUAAAUGGUUCUGCAGCAUGGCUUUAACUCAAAAACGUCCCUUUUUUUAAGAACUAGAAAAAAGAAUUUUAGAAUACUGUCUUUUUAAAAUUGUUGUUUUAAUAUAAUAUAUUUUAAAUGAAAUAACUUUAUUUUUAUGUAAAAAAAAAAAAAAUACUGAAAUGUAUUAUUUACCGACAGGUGAUUUGAUUUGUGGAGUGAAGCAGUUUCAUUUAAUGGAACAAAAGAUACGAGAUGCGGCAAAACCCAACCUUAUAAUAAUAAUUAAAUUAAGCUAACACUGUUUAAGUCUAAGCAAUAUCCGGUAUUUCAAUAGACAAGAGUUAUUUUUAAAUAGGUCACGUACAGAAGACCCAGCGUCUAAUAAGGUCAAACUGAGCUUCAAAUGACCAUAAAAACGAUUAACAGGGCAAUAACGUUGUUAUUAUCAGAAACACAGUGAGUUGUGACCAAACUGGCCGUAUUAUGUUCUUUGUAUUCAUUUUGAUUUAAAAUUCUUUGUAAUUCUUUUAACUUUAUAAAAUGAAACUUACAGAAUCCUUCUGUUGACUGGGUUUUUAGUUUCUAAACCUUGGGGUGAUUUUGCAGGAAUUGUUACAGAACAAGCAAAGGAAUAAUAAAUAAAAAUGUAAUUUUAAUGAGUACAUCCAAAAAUCUGCAUCAGAUAUGUAAUUGUGAAUUAACAUUGUUCGAAGUGCCCAAACGGUCGUUUAGAUACAAAUUAUUUAGCAUUUAUUAAAUGAUGUAUUCACUGUUGAGACAAAUUCUAACAUAUAGAAAAUAGUGAAACAUUGUGUUGAUCUGGCUAAUGUGAAAAUAAUGUUCUAUUGACUCUGUCUGCAAAAAUGUAUUUGUUAAAAAGGGUCAUUUUGUUAAAAAUAUUAAAGGGACCUCUGAUUCUGUGUAAAAAAUAAUUGUGCUUUCUCCCACACUUCCUAGAGAGCGAAAUGCAUAACAAAUAUAUAUUUUUUGAAUCGCUGCAAAUUGCCUAACCCAGCUAUCUGAUUUGCAGGUUAAUCAUUUAGCUUUUUAGCCUUUCUAGGGAGCGUGGGAUAGUAAACCCAUUUUUUUUCUUUCUUCACAAUUCAGAUAGAUCAGCAAUUUUAAGCAACUUUCAUCAAUUUUUCUUUAUUCUCUUGGUAUCUUUAUUUGAAAAAGUAGGAAUUUAAGCUAAGGAGCCUGCCCAUUUUUGAUUCAGCACCCGGGCUAGCCCUUGCUGAUUGGUGGCUACAUUUAGCCACCAGUAAUCAAGUGCAACCCAUGUGCUCAACUAAAAAUGGGCUGGCUCUUAAGCUUACAUUCCUGCUUUUCAAAUAAAGAUACCAAGAGGACAAAACAAUUUGAUAAUAGGAGUAAAUUAGAAAGUUGCUGCUGUCUCUGAAUCAUGAAAGUUUAAUUUUGACUUUAGUGUCCUUUUAAUUCCCUUUUAUCAUAGCUUUGUGUAAACCCGAAAAGCGUUGACAUAUUUAGACAUUGAUUUCCUGUUCUGUUUGUGCUAUGAAAAUAAAUGAAGUGAGUUAGACCAAUUCAAUAUAAACACAGUGCAAGAUUUUAAGACUGAUUGAGACAUAAAGAAUUAACAGGACAUGAUAAAAUAUAUAUAGUGCUUAGGAAAACAUUAUUUCUUGCAAAACAAAUAUUUUUACACAUCUGUGUUCUGCUAAGUGAAAGCAGAUUAAAUUAAAGCUAAUACUGCAGUACUCCUAAACAUCAUUACUGGCCAGUGCCAUUGCUUUAAUAUCAGUGCAUAUAACAGCUUAAAGGAACACCCACAUUUUUUCUUUUGUGAUUUAGAAAGAGCAUGAAAUUUUAAAUAACUUUCCCAAUUUACUUCUUUAAUCUAAUUUUCUUCAUUCUCUUCAUAUCCUUUGCUGAAAAGCAUAUCUAGAUAGGCUCAGUAGCUGCUGAUUGGUGGUUGCACAUAGAUGCCUCGUGUUAUUGGCUCACCCAUGUACAGUGCUAUUCUCCAACAAGGGAUAUCUAAAGAAUAAAGCAAAUUAGAAUAUAGAAGUGUAUUGGAAUGUUGUUUAAAAUUGUAUUCUCUAUCUGAAUCAUGAAAAAAAAAAUUGGGUUUCAUGUCCCUUUAAAUAUUAUUAUUUUUUAAUAGUAUUUUAUUUGGGAGAAGACUCAUUUAAUAUAUUAUUGCUGAAUGUUGUGUUUAUGUUUUUAUACAGGGUUUAUAGAUUUAAUUAUUAUGACAUUUAUCAGUACAGAAAAAAUAUAUCUAAUUUCAGAGAAUAAAUAUGACUAUUACCGUAUUCUGGCAGAAUUUAAAACCAGACCCCAAAUUGACUAAAUUGGUUGAAUUCAAAUCCAAUUAGCUCAUUUCUGACCUAGCCAUGAAACGGCAGAGUAAGGGUUAAAAAAAACAUCUAUUUAAAUGUUUUUAUUUAAAGGGAUAGGAAAGUCAAAAUUAAAUUUGCACGAUUCAGAUAGUGUUAUUUUAAGACACUUUUAAAUUCACUUCUAUUUUCAAAUGUGCUUCGUUCUUUUGGUAUCAAUUGUAGAAUAAUAACGUGCACAUAUCCUACACAAGUGGGAGCUAGCUGGUGAUUGGUGCCUGCACACAUUUGGUUGGCUGACUAGAUGUGUUCAGCUAGCACUCAGUUGUGCAUUGCUGCUCCUCCAGCAAAAGAUAUCAAGAGAAUGAAGUAGAUUUGCUAUAAGAAGUAAAUUGGAAAGUUGUUUAAAAUUGUAUUCUCUAUCUGUAUCCUAAAAGUAAAAGAUUGUGUUUCAUGUCCGUUUAACUUGAUUUAUCGUAGAUUUUUAGUUUGUGAUCUGCACUUGCUCAUGUUUUAUCACAUAGGAAAAUGAUUUAUUUCAUCUGCUGCUCUCGCAUAUAUUCUGCUACACACUUUAGGGAUGUGCAUUUUAAAUGUACCCUAAGUAAAAACAUUCUUAGUUAAUAGGGCGACAUGUACAAACUGUCGUGCGGACAAGGUUCUCAACUUGCGAGCCUGUCUGCACCGCUUUGUGGUGGAGGGCAGCGGACCCUGUUCGUCUGCUGCCCGUAUGUAUUAUUACACACUCAAGCGAGUGUGUAACAUCUCCCCCUUGCGUGAGAGAAGGCCUGUCAAUCACCCCAAGAGAAAGUGUUUGAUUGAUUUCUCUCCACAAACUCAGAAGUGAUCUGAUGACAGCUGCUUCUUAAAUUGUAGGAAGCAGGCUCGUAUUUGCGAACCUGCCCAGCAAGGGCUCCGAAGCAGUUUACGCUGCUUAGUACAUAGAGACCAUAGUGUUUUUUAUAAGAUGAUCCUGAUGUAUGAUUUGCUUAUACUUGUAUUGCUCAGAAUGUAACAUUUAUAAGUGUUACAAGCUGAAUGUGAUUUGUGUUGUUGUUGUUACAUAAUCCCCUUUGUCACCCUUCUGGUGACACACGGGACACACAGCUGAUAAAUACACUGGAAUGGACUAUAUGAUUUAGGACAAACUAUGGACUUGAUAAUGAUUGAAAACUCGCCAGCAUUGGGAAAAAUGAAACAUAAAUUGUUUUGCAUAACCAGAGCGGAGGGCUUUAGGUCAUCAGAUGAGAGUCUGUUACCUUCCUGUGCACCAAGCACUGCCUAAUACAGAUCUACCAGAUGCCCAGGAUCUACAAACUAACUGUAGUAUUUUCUCUUCUGUGCAAUAUUUAAUGCAGAUGUGAUAUAAAUAAAUUCUCAAAUAAGAACACAUUGUACUCAAUUUUUAAUCUGGAAAUGUUUUUAAAACUUCUAAUAACAAAAAAAUGUAAUAAAA